AUGAAUACACGUUAGGUACUCAUGUGCCUAGGCACAUACAUGUAUCUGCAGACGACCAAAGAAUUGGACACCGGCAAGAUCUGGCAGAUGCUGAGCUGCACUACAUACACUACAUACCUAGGUUAGGUACAUAUACUUAAUGCUGCACGCCUCUUUUCAUUCAGCUCGCACCAUAGCAAACAUUUGGACGCUUGAACGGGCCGCAUUUAUAUCGCCGAAGGGCUACAGUAUGUAUCUGUCCGACAUUGGUGCUUUCUGUCGAUGUCGCCGAGAUCGGGGAGUUCUGGCUACAUUUUAAGCAGUCUACCAGACUCUGCCUGAGUAGGUAGGUACGGUACGGUACAUAUGUACCUAGGCAGAUAAUAGGGAGCAAACAUAUACACAAUCAACGUAGUUGGUGAUACUUCAAGUAUAGGCAUGUUGUAGUUUGUGGGUAGAGCUUUGUGCAAGUAGAAUACAUAGAUAAGUACGUAGGUUGAAGCUCCCAUCAGUCUGCGGGAGGAAUAUAUGAUGAAGCCUGGACAACUGCGUCGCUUAGCGAAUACUACACUCCAAGUCUAGAAACACCGCAAAGAUAUACUCUGUCUCCCUAAUACCUGAGAUAUGGUGAAUAAUAUCAUCUAUUUCGUGCUGUCGCAAACCCAACAGCCAACCUCACACGUCAAACAACUCCCGCCCAACACCACAGCCGCCAUGUCAGCAACCACAACCACGCUGAGAGCUGUAGCGCUGGCGUUGGCGCUGCUUAUCUCCACAACAACAGCAACAUCAUAUGCAUCCCCGGACAACCCAGCCACCACCACCACAAACCCACCAGGCAACCUCACCGUAGUCCCGCUUCCACCGAUCUCCACCACCGCUCCCUACAUCACCAUCCCCACAACGACGACUUCUUCGACCUUCACCGGAAAAUGCGACUACAGGUACUGCAGUGACGGCGCGGACAUGUGCUUCUACUGGGCCGGGUACACGUCGUGGGAUGUGUCGCGGGGGCCGGUGCCGGGGGAGGUGGUUACGAGGCUUGGGUCUUGUUAGGGGGGGGGGUUGAAGGGGAAGUAGAUCACAAAUACCCAAAGCUCUGCCUAGGUACGUUUUGACGUCCUGAUACCUAUGGGGACUAUGGUGGCGGUGAUGAUAGGAAUAGUUAUUUGAGCUACCUAGGUACCUAGGUAGGCAAGUGUGGCUGGGAUGGGAGGAAAGGGAGUUGAUCGGCUGUUGAUGACGAUGGGAAAUCCAUCAAGUUAAAUAGUUUAUGUCAACCCCAUUUUUUUUUUAUACUUCUUAUUGGUAUCCGUGGACCAAAGGCGUCACGUAAGGAUAGAUGGUAUGUAGGAGAGUAAGCCAGCGAAGAUUCGGACCGGCUCGUCUGUAUAGGUAUAUAGGUAGGUAUAGGUAUACGCUUAGUCCUAGUUAGAAGUAUAUGCAAAGACCAAAACCACAUCAC